AUGAACAUAUGAUGGCUGUAAUUUGUGGGCGUUUGCUGGUUAUAACUUGUACCACUGAAAUUAUGAUGACUAUUUUCUCGUACAAUGUAUUGUUAUAACCAUAUUAUUUUGUUACAGGUGACAAAUGAUGAGAAAUGGAUAAUAGCUCUCAUAGACUGAGAUAAAGCUAAGAAAUGGCCACUUUUUUGGGAUCUCAUGUGGUAGAGGAGGAAGAGGUUCGAGAAGGACUUUUAUGUCCUAUAUGUCUUCAGGAUCUUGGAACUAUUAAUCAGUUACAAGAACAUUUUGAUUCUGUCCAUAGUUUUGAAGAUAAAGAUGUGCUUCAAUCUUUGAAAGUCUUUCUAGGGAAAGCAAAAAGAAAAAUACUUAAUAAACAGGACUCACUGUUAGAUGGUUCACCGAGAUCCUUCUAUGUAGAUUCUUCUGAACCUGGUAGAAAUCAACGAAAUAUUUACUCAGUUCCUUCUGAGCCUCAAGAGAUAGGCAUCAUAACACGUCACACAGAUUAUUUUAAGAAAAUCCGAGACACCAAAGUUGAUAGAUAUGUCAUAGAAACCAACAAGUUGCUUAUUAGACUUGAUAAACUCAUCACAGAUGCUCCAGUGGAUCCUGAGAAAAGAAAAGUUCAUGAGAAGAACAUAGUUCCAUGGAUAGCUGAUAAUGAUGUGAAACUCUGCCCUAGCUGUGCUCGAACUUUCAACCUGUCACGACGCCGUCACCACUGUCGCCUUUGUGGAGGAAUAAUGUGUCACAACUGUUCAGAGUUUCUGGACUUUCAUUAUGCAAGAAAGUUGCUACACCCUGGUGUGACUCUUGAUGUAACUACUCAGGAAGUUCGGCCUACACUGCAGAGACGAGGGAGUAGCAGCAGUUUACUUUCUAUAGUGAGCACAGCAGGAGAACCUCACAUCCGAGUUUGUCAAAACUGUAAAGUUUCCCUUGAUCGAAGAGACCAAUUUAUGGAGCAGAAAAAUAGUAAACCUAUUAUUGUUCAGAUGUAUGAGAGAAUGCGAGAACACAUGGCAGAAGUCGUGGGACUGUUACCUUUAUACUUUAAAAUGGCUGAUGCAUUAAGUUAUGGAGAAACUAGUUACAGCCUCAAAGAUGCUCAAGAACUCCGGAUGAAACUGACUAAACUAGCAGAAAAUAUUGAUAUCAUCAGUCGAAAAAUUUCAGUGCUUGGUACCAGAGAUGAGCCAUCCCCAUCACCAAAAAGUCUUCAGUUGCAGGGCUGUGUGCGAUAUGCAGCAAGUAAUUUCCUAAGAGAUAACAUCUUAGGCUUACCAUCACUGCCAUCAGAAGAAGAAUUUCACAAAUUACAGGAAGAACAUCGAAAAGAGGUACAUCAGCGUAUACAGCAGGAGAAACAGGCAGCUCUUGAGUCAAGGCAGUUCAGUCCCACAGAGGACCCUUACAAGAGAAAUGGAAACAGACAGUCAUUUCCACAUACAGUAAACCAGGAUAUGAUUUCUGUGGACACUGGCUGGACACCAGACAGUGUGGAAUAUUCUAUGUCCAUGGAUGAUGAUCCUAUGGUUCAGCAAAUGAAUAUUAUUAGAAAUUUUAUCAAACAAGCACGAGAAGCUCAUCGUUAUGACGAAGUUCGAACAUUAGAAGAGAACUUAACAGAGUUGCAACAGGAAUAUUUGAAACAGAAGAACUCAUAAAUUAAACCUAAUUGUUAGAAACUUUCUCGUGCUAGAAAUGUUCUGAGCUCUGUGAUUUUUUUUUAAUACAUGUUUCUGAAGUAUUGCAAAAAAUUGCACCAUCAAGAAGGAACAAAGCAUUUGGAUCUUGUUAGUAGUAGAAAAAGAGAGACUGACCAAGGUAGAAAGAAGCAUGUCAUGUACUCCACUGUUAUGUAAAUAGGUCUUGUACAAAACUUCUAUACAAGCUACUCUGUUUGGCAAGGUUUGAUAACAAGUCUGUUGUGAACGUAGAUUGUUAGCAGUUGUUAAAUAUCAUGUUACAGUAUUAUCAGAUUUACCCAAGCAUUAAUACCUGUAGCAAGUCACAGUGUAAUCAGAAUUGAUUAAGAAGUAUACUACUCAUGUCGGCACACUUGAUCAAAUAUCUGUUAAAAUGUAAAAUCAUGUUAAAUUAAAAAUGAGGGCACUUUUUAACCUACUAUUUCUAGCUGAAAAAUACCUCGGCUUGUAUGUAUUAUUUUUCUUGGUAAUGUUGUUUUUUAGAAUAUUUUGUUUAUUAAAUAACAUCUACAUAAAGUUACAAUUUUGCAUAUCUUGUGUACAGUAUAAUAUUGCAUACAAGUUUAGUGUACAACAGAAAUAAAGACAUUUUGACAAGAA